UAGUCAAAACUAUUAACUUAACGACAUGGAAAAUUACAAUAGAGCCUUGCCUUUGAGUCGUGAAAAGGAGCAUGACAUCAUAGUCUCCACCCUCCUGCAUGUUAUCAACGGUACUGAACUUGAUACUUCCACCUCAGUGUUUGAUUCCACCAAUGGCCUUUCUAGUUUUAACAGUGCGUGUCCUCCAAUGGGAAUCAACGGUAUUUUUCCGCCAAGCAACAACCAGCAAAGAGUCCCAAUGGCGCCACAGAGGAGGCGUUACAGGGGAGUACGACAGAGGCCAUGGGGGAAAUGGGCGGCGGAGAUUCGAAACCCGAAACUAGCGGUUCGGGUUUGGCUGGGGACGUUCGACACGGCGGAAGCUGCUGCCAGGGCUUAUGAUAGGGCGGCUAUUCAGUUCCGUGGAAAUAAAGCAAAGAUCAAUUUCCCAUUAUCAGAUUACACAAUGGUGCAAGAAGAAGAAGAAGAAAAUGAUCAGAAAGAAAGUGAAGAGCAUAAAGAGAAAGAGAAGAGCAAUGGAGGAAAAGGACAGAGUAGUAAAGAAAAUGAAGACGAAGCAUUGGAAAUAUUCUCAGAGGAGGAGCUUAGGGAACUUUUGCAGUUUACAGACGAAGAAUGAGCAUCAGCAGCUAAA